CAUAGGGGCGGAGGGCGGGGUGGGGUUUGGCCAUCCGGGUGGGUCAAGGCCAGGAAAGUAGCACUUGUUCGCUGCUGCCCCAGAAGGCUAGAAGCCGAGGCGCCAGGAGCGGCAUGGCGACUUGGUCCCAGCCGGACUCGGGUUUCUCUGGAAACCCCCCUGGUAAGUGUGGAGGAGGCGGGACACUCUGACCCAAGACAAAAGGCCUGUAGCUCCAGCCAAAGAAAAUAAACCUUAGGAGGGAGAAGGAAAAAAAAAAAAAAAAAAAUCCAUCAGCUGUUCCUGAGAACAGCCUGCAGUGGAAUCUACAAAGGACAACUAAUGUGAGUGAGGAAGUGACUGUAUGUGGACUGUGGAGACAGGAAGUCACGUGGGCCCGGAGGGCCUGGACUGGGUUAGGAACAGUUGUACUUUCAGCAGUGUGGUGUCACGAAGGGAAAAGUGAAUGUGGUCUGGAGAGUGGCCUUGGCUCCAAGGGCUGUGCUUUCCUCUGAGGCCAUCAGGGAGCUCGGCCCCUGUGUUCCCCAGGGGCGGGGUCCGGGGUUUGGCCCUGAGGGGGGUAACUUGCUGGCUGGAGCAGCAGAGCAGUGGCCUUGAUUUGUCUUUUGGAAGAUUUAAAAACCAGAAAGCAUAAACAUUCUGGUCCUUCAGCAAUGCUUUCUCUGAAGAAAUACUUAACGGAAGGACUCCUCCAGUUCACCAUUCUGCUCAGUUUGAUUGGGGUGCGGGUGGACGUGGAUACUUACCUGACCUCACAGCUCCCCCCGCUCCGGGAGAUCAUCCUGGGGCCCAGUUCUGCCUAUACUCAGACCCAGUUCCACAACCUGAGGAAUACCUUGGAUGGCUAUGGUAUCCACCCCAAGAGCAUAGACCUGGACAAUUACUUCACUGCCCGGCGGCUCCUCAGUCAGGUGAGGGCCCUGGACAGGUUCCAGGUGCCCACCACUGAGGUUAACGCCUGGCUGGUCCACCGGGAUCCGGAGGGGUCGGUCUCUGGCAGCCAGCCCAGCUCAGGCCUCGCCCUCGAGAGUUCCAGUGGUCUCCAAGAUGUGACAGGCCCAGACAACGGGGUGCGAGAGAGCGAAACGGAGCAGGGAUUCAGUGAAGAUUUGGAGGAUUUGGGAGCUGUAGCCCCUCCAGUCAGUGGAGACUUAACCAAAGAGGAUAUAGAUCUGAUUGACAUCCUUUGGCGACAGGAUAUUGACCUGGGGGCUGGGCGUGAGAUUUUUGACUACAGUCAUCGCCAGAAAGAGCAGGAUGUGGAUAAGGAACUGCAAGAUGGAGCAGAGCAGGAGGACACCUGGCCAGGCGAGGGUGCAGAAGCUCUGGCACAAAACCUGCUAGUGGAUGGAGAGACUGGGGAGAGCUUCCCUGCACAGGUGCCUGGUGGGGAGGACCAGACAGCCCUGUCCCUGGAAGAGUGCCUUAGGCUGCUGGAGGCCACCUGCCCCUUUGGGGAGAAUGCAGAGUUUCCCACAGACAUUUCCAGCAUAACAGAAGCAGUGCCUAGUGAGAGUGAGCCCCCAGGUCUUCAAAACAACCUUUUGUCUCCUCUCCUGACGGGGACAGAGUCUCCAUUUGAUUUGGAACAGCAGUGGCAAGAUCUGAUGUCCAUCAUGGAAAUGCAGGCCAUGGAAGUGAACACGUCAACGAGCGAAAUCCUGUACAACGCCCCUCCUGGAGACCCGCUGAGCACCAACUACAGCCUUGCCCCCAACACUCCCAUCAACCAGAAUGUCAGCCUGCAUCAGGCGUCCCUGGGGGGCUGCAGCCAGGACUUCUCCCUCUUCAGCCCCGAGGUGGAGAGCCUGCCUGUGGCCAGCAGCUCCACGCUGCUCCCGCUGGUCCCCAGCAACUCCACCAGCCUCAACUCCACCUUCGGCUCCACCAACCUAGCGGGGCUCUUCUUUCCACCCCAGCUCAACGGCACGGCCAACGACACCGCGGGCCCCGAGCUGCCUGACCCCCUGGGGGGUCUCUUAGAUGAAGCCAUGCUGGACGAGAUCAGCCUGAUGGACCUGGCCAUCGAAGAAGGCUUCAACCCCGUGCAGGCCUCCCAGCUCGAAGAGGAGUUCGACUCCGACUCAGGCCUCUCCUUGGACUCCAGCCACAGCCCCUCCUCCCUGAGCAGCUCGGAAGGCAGUUCUUCCUCGUCCUCGUCCUCGUCGUCCUCGUCCUCGUCCUCCUCCUCGUCGGCUUCUUCCUCCGCCUCUUCCUCCUUUUCCGAGGAAGGCGCCGUGGGCUACAGCUCUGACUCUGAGACCCUGGAUCUGGAAGAGGCCGAGGGCGCCGUGGGCUACCAGCCCGAGUAUUCCAAGUUCUGCCGCAUGAGCUACCAGGACCCGUCCCAGCUCUCGUGCCUGCCCUACCUGGAGCACGUGGGCCACAACCACACGUACAACAUGGCGCCCAGCGCCCUGGACGCCGCCGACCUGCCGCCGCCCGGCGCCCUCAAGAAGGGCAGCAAGGAGAAGCAGGCCGACUUCCUGGACAAGCAGAUGAGCCGGGACGAGCACCGGGCCCGCGCCAUGAAGAUCCCCUUCACCAACGACAAGAUCAUCAACCUGCCGGUGGAGGAGUUCAACGAGCUGCUGUCCAAGUACCAGCUGAGCGAGGCGCAGCUCAGCCUCAUCCGCGACAUCCGGCGGCGCGGCAAGAACAAGAUGGCGGCGCAGAACUGCCGCAAGCGCAAGCUGGACACCAUCCUCAACCUGGAGCGGGACGUGGAGGACCUGCAGCGCGACAAGGCCCGCCUGCUGCGGGAGAAGGUGGAGUUCCUCCGCUCGCUGCGGCAGAUGAAGCAGAAGGUCCAGAGCCUGUACCAGGAGGUGUUCGGGCGGCUGCGGGAUGAGAACGGGCGGCCCUACUCGCCCAGCCAGUACGCGCUCCAGUACGCGGGCGACGGCAGCGUCCUCCUCAUUCCCCGCACCCUGGCCGACCAGCAGGCGCGGCGGCAGGAGAGGAAGCCGAAGGACCGGAGGAAGUGAGCCCGGGCAGCCAGGGGGGUUGACGCUCACCGAGACGGAAACUGGAGAAGGGCUGGGCCUGGACCUGGACCUCGAGCGGGGACUUCAAUGCCUUCUUAUCCAAUAGAUCUUCUCAGAUGGGAUGACUGCGGGUCAGUGGACAGGACGAGGCGGGCGCGGGCGCUGUCUGGCUCAGCUUCCCCCGCUGGGGGGGGUGGAAGUGGCCAGACCGUUUGGGGGGACAGGGUCCUCACCCCGACCCCUUUCCUUCGGGGGAAGGGUGUUGCUGGCAUUGCUGGCGGCUGACACGGGGGAAGGAAGGGACUUGGGAGAAGAAAGUGGUAGGAAGUCUCAUUCCUGGAAGGGAGGAAGAAAGAGGGAAAAAAGCCCCAAAAAAUCAAAGCAGGAAGAAAGUCAACAGGCAGGUUCCGUUGGCUCUGGCCACGAUUCCAGGCAGCAGGUUUUAGGUGGGACUAGGUCGUUGGUGUGAGGAAAGCCCACUCCCCCCGCGGGGAGGGUGGGCCAUGGAGUGGGUCCUGGAGGGGCCUGUGAACUCUGCUCCUGCACUUGGGCAUCCCUGAAGGGGGCGCUCUUAGAUCUCGGUCUUGUGAGGUUUCGGUCAGAGAGGAGCCACGGGGACCCCACCCGGGCUUGGAGGGUUAGGAUCAAAGGGUAGAGAAGCGGGAAAGGGUCGCGAGGCCCUGGGUUGCAGCAGCCCCAGCACCAAGCAUGUCACUCACUGCCCUGCCAUCCGUCUUCCUCUGUGCCCAGUCACCCCUGAGCCGAGGCUCCCACGUCUCCGUCAGAGCCUGCAUGCGACUGCUGUUCUCUUCCCGCCGCCCCGUGUCCCCGCCCCUCACCGGCUGCCUGGAGCUCUUCUGCAGCUGGGGUGCUGGUGGUGCCCCCAGUGCUGGGCCUGCAGCCUCCCGGGGCUGCUCUGAGGCGGGGGGGGGGGGGGGGUGAUGUGGAGAAGCCAGGCAGUAUUCAGCACAACCCUGGGGAGAGACCCUUCCCUCAGGCCUCCCCUGCCAACCUCUGGGCUUGUCACUGGAAAGAUUAAAAGGAAACCGACAACACCCAGCAGCAACAAAAACUAGUCCUCGUAGAGUUUCUUGCGCUUUGAUUUUUUUAGGGCUUGAGCCCUGUUUCACUCAUAGGGUCUAGAAUAAUUGUGUCGAGUAAAAAGGAGAUACCCCAAUAUUCAAAGCUGCUAAAUGUUCUCUUUGCCAUAAAGACUCCGUGUAACCGUGUGAACACACUUGGGAUUUUUCUCCUCUGUCCCGAGGUCUCCGUCUGCUUUUUUUUUUUUUGGGUUUCUUUCUAGGAGAAUGAGAUGUGCAUGUAAGGGGGGAGGAGGCUACCCCUCCCCCAGGCUCUUGGCCACGGGCAGCUUCUCCGCACCCUCAGUUUAGCAAGGGCUCCUGGAGGACCGCCUGGGAGAGGCAGAAAGGGGAGCACCAGGGUGGCUCCAAUGUCUUUAUUUUUAACUGUUGCCACUGCUGCCCCCGCCCCUUCCUGGGCCUGGAGCACUGUCGGCCCCAGACUAGCAGGAGUGAGUUGGAAGGGGGAGAAGCACGGAUUCUCCUCCCCACUUGCGGGGGGCAUUCUAACUGUGCAGUAGGGAUAGAAGGCACGAGCCUGGGAAGUGCUUUUAUAAAUUAUUUUCCUUGUAGAUUUUAUUUUUAAUUUAUCUCUGUGACCUGCCAGGGAGAGGGGGGAGAGAGAGAGAGAGAGAGAGAAAGAGAGAGAGAUGCUGUGAGCACAUGACAAAAUAAAAUAAAAUAAAAUGGAUGAUUCAUUCUCAAGUGCAAUUUUUCCCUAUUUUGAAUGUAAAUUGAGAGUGAAGGAAACAAGCCCCGUGAGGAGAGGACUGGCCAUUAUGCGGUGAAGGCAGAGCUCUUACGGGAAGGUGGAUGGGUGGGGAGCAAGGGAGGUGGACAAUGAUCAACUUUUAAAGACAAAAGAAGUCUUAAAUACUGUAUUAAAUCUUCCAAAGAGGUGUUACGUUCUUUUUUAGGGUUUGCCCGCUGAAUCCUUUCAGAGGAAAGAUUCAGAAUCCUUUUGGCCCCUCUCUCUCUAUAGCGCUAGGCUGGGGGCGGGGGUGUUGUCACCUAGCCCAGCUUAGCUGUCCACCUGUGACAGGCUGCAUUUUUAAUAUUGACUGUGCUGUUAUUUCUCUGGCGGCCCCACUCACCAAGGAGGUGCAUGCAGAGCACUGGAGCGAAGUCAUACCAACAACUGUGAUGGUAGAAACCUGGGAAGUCACUGGGGCCAGCACAUGCCAAGCCCUCCACUGUAAGUAACAGCAGGGCCAUGGAACUAGGGGAGCAGAAGGCUCUAGGGUUUGAGGUGCCGGAGACCCCUCCAGCUGAGGGAGGCGACCAGAACCUGUUCUCCCUCAAAGCCCAGAAAGUCUGUGCCGAGCUGAAUGCUUUUAAGGUACUGGCUGGUUGGUGGAACUGCCACGUGCCCGUGUAAGGGCCGGCGCUCAGCAAAUGACCAAGUGAGAUUACUGGACAAGGUUUAAGACCACAAGCUGUGAUCUCCAUCAUGGAACCUGUGAUCUUGAAUUCCCAUGUACCACCGUGUGACCUGGCUCGGCCCGUCCUCCAGUGAUGCUACUAGAGUUUAUCCUGCGGAGUGGAAAACAAGUCUAGGGAUAACACUGAGUUCUUGUUUCAGUUUAUAGUGCCUCCCCCAUCUCCUUGGAAGGGGUUGGUCCUAUUAAGCAAGAACUCUUUCCUAAUGAGUAAUUAACUUGUGAUUGUAAGCCAAAUAAAACAGAUUCUUAAAGGAAAAAAGGCUAAAAGUUAAGUUGGAAAAACUCUAAUUCAUGCUGAUAAAUACAAAUUAUAUACAGAGACCUGUGAUAAGUAAAAAUCAGAGUACUGUUUCGUAUCUUUA